AGGCGAGUCGAUGUGUCUUCUGUUGUAGUAUGCUCUAGCAAGGCUACCCGCGUCUGUGUUUUGACGAAAAUGAGUGGCAGUACAAGGAUUCUGCAAGGCAGAAACGUAUUCACAAGAGCAGAAACUAUCAAACUGUUUAAAACAGCGCGAGAUGCAUUGUUCUUGCGUCUGUCUAAUCGCAGUGGGAGAUGGGGACCGGCCGUUGUGGGAUCCGGCGUGCAGAGCAUUGCCAGUCAAUUUGGCAGAGCAUUGAAUGAGCGUCUAGUCAUUUUAAGUGAACUGUUUGCAAGGCAGUGUAAUGCCAUAGCAGCACAAAGGGCAAGAAGAACGGCUCAAGUCAUGAAUUUGUAUAGCAGGAUAUAUAGUGAACACUCGCUGAGAUUUGUGCUAGAAAGAUUACUACGUAGCAACUUCUUCAAGAGAGCGAAAGGUCGGCCAAUUUAUCUGCUAUUUGGUUCCACAGUAUUUAACUGGGAGAAGGAAAAGAUAAACGACGAGGAGCUGACAAGUUGUGUAGAGGACAUGGAUCAUAUUAUGAAACUACAGAGCGACUCUGUAUACGAUCGCCAUUACAUGGACAUGUGGGAGAUUGUCAUUAAUCGCCCUCAUCUCAAAGCUUGGAGACAGCCGGUCAACGGAACUCACCUGUACCAAUAUAAAGUGUAUGGGUCAUUUGAUGAUAUAUCUCCCAAGGCCUUCUUCAGUGUUCAGGUGGACUUGGGGUACCGUAAGGAGUGGGAUAAGCUAGUGAUCAAGCUGGACUGUAUUGACAGAGAUGAGGAAAGUGGCUCGGAGCUGGUUCACUGGGUCACACAUUUCCCCUAUCCCAUGUACAGCCGAGACUAUGUCUUCGUAAGGAGAUACCAGGUUGACCGGGAAAAUAAUGUGAUGGUUCUGACAUCUAGAGCAGUGGAACAUCCCAGUCUUCCAGUCAGUGAGAGCUAUGUGCGAGUGUCAACUUACAAUUCUAAGAUGGUGAUUCGACCACACAGCAGUAUUGAAGAGAAUGGCUUUGAUUAUGUCCUCACUUACUAUGAUGAUCCACAAGCUGCCUUCCCAACAUUUGCCUAUAAAUGGAUGGCCUCCACUGGAGUUCCUGACUUUGUUGACAAGCUUCAUCAGGCUGCUCAGAAUCUACAGGAGCGCGGCAAACAGUGGAGGAGUACUUCAGAUGCGGGCACCUACCCCACGUCUUACCAUUCUGUAGCCCAGUACUCCUAACACUCUCCCCUAGCUUUCCCAUCACACUGCCCUGUAGACAAUCUAGCUCGCUCAUAGCCCGUUAUUAUUAAUCUCCAACGGUGAU